GUGUCCAUGCCUGCCGCCCAAUCUGGGACCCUUCCUGUGCUUGAACUCGCAGCAUGAGCUGAGACGCUCAACCUGCAGCCCGUUCAGGAAGAAGGUCAGGCUGAAGGGGAAACCUGGAUGACGCCUUGACACGAACUGGAACAUCUCUAAAAGGAAAACAACGGAAAAAGGCACACAGGCUGGAAGAGGACGAGGCCGACUAGAAGGCAGUCGACGCGGCGGCAGAGUUGUUGUUGUUGUUGGAGCGAAGAAGUCUCAUGCGAUCUAGGACGGUGCAGCUUCUACUUCUCCUGGAGUAAAACUGAUGACACCAAGCGGUUGCCAUGGGAUAUCACGUGACUAUGCUGCCAAGCAAGCAAGCAGGCAGAGUUGACCAGAGAGUGGAGCCAUGUUUCUGCCACACAUAAGAUGCACUGAAUGUUUGGACUUAAACUCACCCCCGAGAUGAACAGCAGUGUGCAGUGUGGAUCGAGGCGUGAGCCAUGCGCUGGAAGAGCGAGGUCAAAGUUCAAUGCUGCGUGGUGGACGGAGGCCACGGCAAUGAGGGUCCACAGGCGGAGGUGGCGGAUGAAGACGCGUCCACCCUGCAGACCAUGUCCGCCGCGCCUCUUCUGAGCAGAAGUGUGUGUGCGAGCUGCAACCAGGAAAUAGUAGAUAAAUAUUUAUUAAAGGUGAGCGACCUGUGCUGGCAUGUGCGCUGCCUGUGCUGCAGCGUGUGCCAGGCGGCGCUUGGCAGCCACGCCAGCUGCUACAUCAAGGACAAGGAGGUCUUCUGUAAGAUGGACUACUUCAGAAGGUUUGGCACGUGGUGCGCGUGCUGCGGCCGCCACAUCCACUCCACAGAUUGGGUGCGCCGCGCCAAAGGGAGCGUCUACCACCUGGCCUGCUUCGCCUGCUUCUCCUGCAAGAGGCAGCUGUCCACUGGGGAGGAGUUCGCCCUGGUGGAGGACAAGGUGCUGUGCAGGGUCCACUACGAUUGCAUGCUGGACAACCUCAAGAGGGCCGCAGACAAAGGCAGCAGUGUGAACAUGGAGGGGGCCGUGCCCACUGAACAGGAAAUUAACCAGCCCAAACCCUCCAAGAGAGCGCGGACCAGCUUCACUGCCGACCAGCUGCAGGUCAUGCAAGCUCAGUUUGCGCAGGACAACAACCCGGACGCGCAAACGCUGCAGAAACUGGCCGAGCAGACGGGCCUCAGUCGGAGGGUCAUACAGGUGUGGUUCCAGAACUGCCGGGCGCGCCACAAAAAGCACGUGAGCCCCAACCACACGUCCAGCGCCCCGAUGACCUCGCUACAGCCGGGCCGCCUGCAGGCGCAGCCCACGCCCACCCCCGAGGAGCUGCAGUACGCGGCCUACGCGGGCCCGGAAGGUUCCAUGCUGUCCGCGCUGCACUCCUUCAUAGACAUCCAUUCCGCUUCAUCUAUGUUUCCACCACUGAUGCCAGCCCAGUACGCCAUGACCCCGCUGCCCGUGUCUCACGCCUGAGACAACACACACACAAAAUUGUAAUGGUAUUGUUGACCUUUUUUUUUUUUUAAGGUACAGUACUGUCCACGAGGGCAGGGAGACUUCACUGCACCUUGCUGGCCGCUUUAUUAGGUACACCUGCACAAUCCGCAUUCUCACGUUUGACAUUAUUAUUAUUGUAGUUUGCAGUAUUGCACAAUUGCGAUGAGAGCGGUUUGCAAUAUUUCGCCUAAUAUACCGCAGCUCUCGUCACGACAACAGUAUUCAUAUCCAGUGUGGCUGGCGUGGCACAGAUGGUAGAGUGCCCAUGCCAGCAACUUGAGGGUUCCAGGUUCCAUCCUGGCCAAGACACUUUGCCCACACUGGCUUAAAUGUAGAUAAUGGGUUUCACAAUUUGAGUCUCUAGAGAAAAAGUGCUACAUAAUUAUAAUUUACUUCUUAUUCCACAGCAUUAAAAAGUAUGCACUACACAGUAUUUGGUGAAGCCUCCCUGCUCGCUGACUAUUUCAUCCAAACAUGCUUAUGGAUCAUUUCAACAAAGUGAAUAUUUGCCGUUUUUAAUUUAUUGUGUGUAUGUGGAGUCUUUGUUACAAAAUGCAUUUCACAAAUAAAACAUGACUUUUGAGACACGCGAGGGUUGUGCAGUGUGUGUAAAGUUGACAAAAAGCUACCGUUGUUAUUGCGUGAACACACCACACAAAAACAGGCAAUAAAUAAAAAGUGCAAAGUUGUUCUACCGAAUCUACAGAUGUGUUUUAGCACAUUUGACCUACUUGUGUCUACUUGUUCUGCUGUGGUCGCCCAAAGAAUCUCAUUGCUCCACAUGAGGGAAGCCAAGGGAGCACUAAAAGACAUUUAUUUUUUUUAACCUAAAAAAAAAGUACAAACCCCAAAACCAGAGUAGUUGGCACGUUGAGUAAAUUGUAAAUAAAAGCAGAAUACAAUGAUUUGUAAAUCC